AGUCUGGGUGACAGGAAGCAGGCAGUCUAUCAAGCCUAUUGCUUAGCUGCCAGAUUAACCUUGUCUUGAAAACAACGAGAUAGUCCUGUGCGCUAGUCAGUGUAGGAAGACAAAAAUUCCUUGGAAACCUACCCAGUGGGUUUAUCUUCCAGAUUUGAUAGACGCGAAAGGCAAAGGGGGAACAUGGGAAAAGGAAGAUUUGAUGAAAAAGAAAAUGUGUCCAACUGCAUCCAGUUGAAAACCUCGGUUAUUAAGGGUAUUAAAAAUCAAUUGAUAGAGCAAUUUCCAGGUAUUGAACCAUGGCUUAAUCAAAUCAUGCCUAAGAAAGAUCCUGUGAAAAUUGUCCGAUGCCAUGAACACAUAGAAAUCCUUACAGUAAAUGGGGAAUUACUGUUUUUUAGACAAAGAGAAGGGCCUUUUUAUCCAACCCUAAGAUUACUUCAUAAAUAUCCUUUUAUCUUGCCACAUCAGCAGGUUGAUAAAGGAGCCAUCACAUUUGUCCUCAGUGGAGCAAAUAUCAUGUGUCCCGGCUUAACUUCUCCUGGAGCUAAGCUUUACCCUGCUGCCAUAGAUACUAUUGUUGCAAUCAUGGCAGAAGGAAAGCAACAUGCUUUGUGUGUUGGUGUCAUGAAGAUGUCUGCAGAAGAUAUUGAGAAAGUCAACAAAGGAAUUGGCAUUGAAAAUAUCCAUUAUUUAAAUGAUGGGCUGUGGCAUAUGAAGACAUAUAAAUGAGCCUCAAAAGGAAUGUGCUUGGGCUAAACAUGGCUAUUAUGCUGUAUCUGUGUUUGUGUCUGUGUGUAGCAGCAUGAAGACAAUGCCUCUAUGGUUAUGCUGAAUAAAUUCUGUGGAUGCUAAAA